GAAGAGAAUUCAGAGAGACUUCACGGAUACUUUGAUGAUGAACUAUGGCAGAAUAUUUUCUUAGAGAUUCGUACACAAUACCCUCACGUUGAUAUUCCAGAACGUGUACUUGAUUUAUGUGGAACAAUU